AUGAGCUACGGCCAGACUUUGGACUCAAGAUCAAUCAGAAGCGCCAUCAAAGAAUCUCAAGGAGAAUUUAGAGAGCAUAUAGACUGGUCUAUCUCUGGAGAAAAAUAUGAAACCAACACAAUCAAAAUCACUAAUCAUGGUGAACUACUAGUAUUACAAACAUCGGAAAAGCUAAUAAGGAGUCUUCAUUCGUGCUCUAUACAGAUUGUUGACAGUGUGCUAGUGGUGCAAAGCUAUAAUCUAAAAGCAAAAUUGUAUCUGAGACCAACAGAUAGACCGACAUUUAUCAAAUUAUUUGCAUCUUUACUAUUUUGGCAAAGCCUCAGGCCAAGGGGUAUAGUGAAUAAGAGAUUAUCUUUACCUUAUGAAACCUCUCAAGGAACAUUAUCAGAGAAUUUAUUGGUUUGCAGUUGUAAAAUCUUUGGUCAAAUACCCAAAAAUAAAAAUGUUGAAGUUUUAGAAGGUCCAUCUGUACCUCUAUUUCCUGAUACUAAUGAAGGUUGGUUCACAGCUAUGGUGGUUUUGAAAUCAAAUGGUAUCUUAGAGCUUCUAGGUGAAUCUGAUGGAUCGUUGUUGUAUUCUAUUGAUAUUAAAUUAUUAUCAAGAUCAGAAAUUAGAGAAAUUCAUACAUCAAUUUUUGAAUCUUCAAAUUAUUUAUUUGUUGGUGUUAUUGGACCUUUAAGAAAUGAAACCAAAUUCAUUAAAAAUUCAACUCGUGAUUUAAUUCCAUCAAUUUCAAAGGAAAAUUUAAAAGUUUCAAGAAUUAUUUUAGAAUUCCCAUAUAGAAUUGAUGUUGAAGAUUGGUUAGUUGCAUUAUCAGCUUUCGCUAAAAGAGAAUAUGUUGGUUUAGAUAGCAGCAACUUACUUAGAGUACCAAGAAAUGUUAGUAUUGGUAUAUUAGAAGCUUCAUUAAAUGAACAUUUGAGUGAAAUUAGUGGUGAGUUUUCUAAAGUUUAUGCAGAAAUUCAUGUGUGGAAUACACCAUGGGUAAGAACUUCAAUUAUUGAAAGUUCGAAAAAUCCAUUUUUCAGGGAAAACUUUGAGUUUGAAAUACCAUUCACCACAACUAAAUUUCAUGUUGUUUUGAAAAGGGCUCUUGGUACACGUUAUUAUUUGGAUGAUCAAAUUUUGGGAUAUUCAACAAUUGAUAUAGCAACUUUAAAUGAUGAAACUUUCAAUCAGGAAACUAGAAUUCCAUUAUAUUUAAAUAAUAUUCAAGUUGGACAAUUCUGUGUUACUAUAAAUAAUGAAAAAAAUUAUAUCUUACCACCCGAUAAUUUUAAUAAUUUUGAACAAAUGAUGCUAAAUUUAGAUCCAAAAAAACUUUUAAGAUAUGUAUUGAAGAAGCAAAGUGGAUCAAAUCUAGAGCCUAUAUCAAUCACAUUAUUGGAUAUUUUCCAGUCAUUACAAAAAGAGAAUGAGUGGUUCAGUGCAUUGAUUGAUGAAGAAGUUAAUAAAACAUCAUUGGGUAAAACAACUAUGAAUGAUACUUCUCAAUUAUACAAUUCUUUAUUUAGAGGUAAUAGUAUUUUGACAAAAUCUUUAGAAAUUUAUAAUUUAAGAGUUGGUCAAGAAUAUUUAGAGAAAGUUGUUGGUAAAGUUAUAACUAAAAUCAUCUCAAAUAAUAGAAGUACAGAAAUUGAUCCAAUGAGGGUUAAUGAACCCGAUGAAUCACUAAAAUCUGAUAUUUUGGAACAUAAUAUGGAAUUAUUGCUACAAUAUAGUGAAGAAAUUUGGACAAGAAUAUAUAACACAUCAAAUGAUUUACCCCAACAAAUCAAACAACAACUCAUACAACUCAGAAAAAAGAUUGAAAUGUAUACAAAUGAUCUAGGGAUAACAUUAAAUUGUAUCACUGGGUUUUUAUUUUUAAGAUUUUUCUGUCCUGUGAUACUAAAUCCAAAGCUGUUCUUUUUAACAAAAGAUCAUCAAACUGGUGAAAUUAAAAGAACAUUGACACUUAUAUCCAAGAUUUUGUUGACAUUUUCCAAUAGAGUCCUUUUUGGUGCUAAAGAACCCUUCAUGAUGGGGAUGAACGACUUAUUUAUCAAAAAACAUGAAUCUGAGUUGAUUGAUUAUCUAGAUAAAGUCACUGGUAAAAAGUUAGAUUUCACAGGAAAACAUUUGAAAUUAAGUUCAUCAAUUGAAAGAACUGAUAUUGUCUUGACUUCCAAGACUUUGUUGAAAGAACUACCAACUGUUCCGUAUCUCAUUGACAAAUAUUUAAGAUUGGAUCAAUUAGUUGAUAAACUCUCAACUGAAUUUUUAGAUCCUAAAUUCAUUGACGAUUAUGCCGAAAAUGAUCAAGAAGUUGAAGAAGAUCCAGAAUCAUCACAAGCUGAAUUAUAUAAAAUUGGUUCAUUAGAAUUUGAAAAACUAGUCAUCAAAAGUGAUCAAGAACAAUCAAAAGAUUCACAGGAUUUUGAAUUUGGUUCCGAAGAAUUCAUCAAAAAUUUAUUACAUACCAAUGAAAGUGAGACCAUUUUUAAUUAUAUGAAUUCAAAUAGUUCACUAAAAGAUUUAAUCAUUGAAGCUGAUAGACUGAGUGCUAAAAAGUCCCGUCUUGCCGCAAAACUUUCAUCAUCAGAAACUGCAUCAGAUAUUGAUGGUUUAGAUUCAUUCAUUGACGAUUUAUUAUCAACAACCAUAAUUGAUGACCAAAAAUCAAUUCAUAAAACUGAAAGGGGAAUCUCAGGUGCAAAAUAUUUAUCGAGCAAUUCAUCAUAUAAUGUAUUAAGAUUAAAAUUCUUGAGUGAAGCUGAUUCGGCACCUUCCAUUGCACCUUCUGCUAGAAGAUUUUCAAAGAUGAUCAGAUCUGCCAGUAUAAAUACCAUGAGUUCUUUUGGUACUAUCACAAAUGAAAAUGGUGAAUUUGUUAGAUUGGACUCUCCAAAGAAAUCUGGUUUUAGAAAAUGGUUAAGAAAAGAUAAAUAA